GAUGAAACGUCAUCAAUGACUUUGAUUUGCUUGAAACUCAGACGCGUCCUCCAGUGGUUCGCUCUUCCGUCCUUUUCCGAACUUGCGACGAUGGCUACACAAGUCUCUAAGAAGCGCAAGUUCGUUCGCGAUGGCCUAUUCAAGGCUGAAUUGAAUCAAUUGUUAUGGAAAGAGUUGGCAGAGGAUGGAUACAGUGGGGUCGAAGUUCGUGUCACUCCAUCUCGUACUGAGAUCAUCAUCAUGGCCACAAGAACACAGAAUGUUCUUGGCGAGAAGGGUCGCAGAAUCCGUGAGCUCACAGCCAUGGUUCAGAAAAGAUUCAACUUUCCUGACGGAACUGUAGAGUUAUACGCAGAGAAGGUUGCCAACCGUGGUCUCUGUGCUACAGCACAGUGCGAAUCUCUCAGGUACAAGUUACUCGGAGGAUUGGCCGUAAGACGCGCUUGCUAUGGAGUCCUUCGUUUCAUCAUGGAAUCGGGGGCCAAAGGAUGCGAAGUUGUCGUUUCUGGAAAGCUACGAGGGCAGAGAGCUAAAGCUAUGAAGUUUGUCGACGGUCUUAUGAUCCACAGCGGAAACCCAGUCAGAGAAUACGUGGAUACUGCUGUAAGGCACGUCCUCCUUAGACAAGGUGUCCUUGGAAUCAAGGUCAAGAUUAUGCUCCCAUGGGACCCCAACGGUAAGAUCGGACCCAAGAAGCCCCUUCCCGAUAACGUGAGCAUUGUGGAGCCUAAAGACGAGGAUGAAGUCACUGGACCCAAGUCUGAAUCGAAGACCCCCAAACCAGACCCUGUCCCGAGCCAGGUGCCCCAGGCUAUGCCACCCCAAGCGAUGCCCCCUCAAGCCCAGGUUCAGCAGAUGGGACCCCCAAUGUAAUUUAUCGUGAUCGCUAAAUAAAGGGAAAAAAUUGAAAUGA